GUUUCAUCGAGAUUUUUAUCAGCAAAUAUGGAAAAGGUCCUAAUCUUAUUUUUUGCAAUUUCACAAAUUGCUUGCGACGUUUCGCAUAUUUUGUUAACAGAAGAAUUGUCGACCAUCCCCCCUCCCCCUAAACCAUACGCCUUUGGGUACGCCGCUGGAAGAUUCCCAGGACAUAUUGACAGAACGCACAGCGAAGUUUCUGACGGUGCUGGCAACGUGCAAGGUUCUUAUUCGUAUGUGGAUCCAAGGCACCAAAUCAGAACUGUUGAAUAUACCGCUGAUAAAAACGGAUUUCAUCCUAUUUUGAACAAGAAUCAACCUGAUUUGCCUAGUGAUAGCAAAUCGGUUUUCCAGGCUAAACAAAGGCACUAUGAGCAGUACAAUGCCAUAGCCUUACAACAUCAAAGUCCCCAAAUUUUAGUGGUACCCAGAGACUCAGUGGCAGUUCACAAUGCAAAAAAUAGGCAUUACACUCUAUUCGAAAAAAUUGCAGCUGAUCACGCCAGGAUCGCAGCUGAACGCGAAGCUUUGAGAUUAGCUUCAAAAAAUACUUUAGAAGAUCAUUAUUAAACGUGAUUUGUAUUUUUUUAAAUAAAA